GGAUAGCAUGCACUUCCGUAUUUUGAAGCCGACUAAAAGUCGGGAGAAGCUUCAGGCACACAAACAACGGGGCACAAUAUGGAUAGGUUUUGUUGGAUUCUCUUGGUGUCGUUAUCUGGAGUUUUGACACAGUUUGUGCCACCGUAUACCGAAGAAUGUCAGACGGGCAUGUACCCUCCCAAAGGUCCAACAUUCAAAGGGUCUGUCACCUGGUACACAAUAGACCUGGAUUUGCCCCCUAGCGAAAGAUGGAAGCUAAUCAUCACCGACAAAAAAGCUGAGUUGGUCACCUUGAUCCAGGCUAUCAGGGAUUUGGCAAAUGCUUUCGUUCCUAGUGGGAAACUGAUAGAUUUGGUGGACAAGGACUUGCCUUUGAUAGUGAAUACUCUUCCCUACCCAUUCAACGAGGAAAUAAAAGGAAUCGCGACUGCCUCUGGUGUUCCCCUUGGCGAGGUUGUCCUCUUCAACAUCUUCUAUGAGGUCUUUACUGUGUGCACUUCUCUAGUGGCAGAGGACUCAAAUGGUAACCUUAUCCAUGGGCGGAAUAUGGACUUUGGACUAUUCAUGGGGUGGGACAUGAAAAACAGGUCCUGGUUAAUAACAGAGAAACUCAAGCCUCUGGUGGUCAACAUCGACUUCCAGAGAGGAAACAAGACGGUCUUCAAGUCCACUAACUUUGCUGGCUACGUGGGCAUGUUGACUGGCAUCAAACCGCAUGCUUUCACUCUGACCAUGAAUGAGCGCUUCAGCCUUGAUGGCGGAUACAUCGGGAUCGUGGAGUGGAUCCUGGGGCAUAGAGAUGGGAUGUGGAUGAGUUUCCUCACUCGUUCCGUCUUAGAGAAUGCUACCAGCUACGAGGAGGCAAAGAAACUUCUGGCCCAGACCAAGCUGCUGGCCCCGGCCUACUUCAUCCUGGGAGGGAACCAGACGGGCCAGGGCUGUGUCAUCACCCGCUCCAGAGUCCUCAGCCUCGACAUCUGGGAGAUUGAGCUGAAGCUGGGCCGCUGGUACGUUCUGGAAACCAACUACGAUCACUGGAAGGAGCCUCUGUUCUUGGACAACCGAAGGACUCCAGCCAUGAAGUGUAUGAACCAGACCAUGCAGGCAAACAUCUCACUGAAGACAGUGUACGACGUGCUGUCGACAAAACCAGUCUUGAACAAGUUGACCACAUACACCACGUUGAUGGACGUGAACGAGGGCAAACUGGAAUCCUACAUCCGUGACUGCCCCAACCCCUGCAUGCCCUGGUGAAACCUCAGAUCGGUUUCUAAAUGAUCUAUUGCACAGAACGGUGGUGAUGGGCUUAACUGAUUCAGAAACAACUGGAUAAUCAUGUUGUACAUAUUUCAAGUCUUUGCACUAACUGCACCGAUCCAAAUAUUGCCUCAACCUCAAUUGCUUAACCCGUGGGCACUAAUAAGCACCUACAUUGGAACAUAGUGGAUGUACAGUAACAUGCUAUACCUGACAUCAGAGCUCUGUAUGGGUUGACAGCCAUUUUGAACUUGCACUGCGCAACAAGUUGGGCAACUUUUUCUUACUGAGAAAUGCUGUAAAUUAAGGACUAUAUUUUGAAAGAUGAUUAUAAUAGCUUUGUCAUACAAGCAACCCAAAACACCUGUGAGUGAAUGCGCACUUAACAUUUCCAAACCAUGCCUAUACACUGUUUCAAUGUUUGAUGUACAGUUACAAGAUGACACAUACCCUCGGUGUUUCUCUGAAUUGCCUAACACUUGUCACCCCACAUUUUCCAAGAAUAGUCUAGUUUGUUUGUUUUAGAUUCAAUUUUACUGGCCAAAUGGCACCUAACUGCUUUGUUCCAAAUUAACAUGCCUUUCUACCGCGGUAGGGAUGACAAGGAAACAUCUCCAUUAACCAAUUGAUCACAGAGAAGAGGAUGAUUUUCACCCAAUUGAUAAAGUGCCCAGGAAUAAACUGGGCUCAUGAAAGCAUUGAUCAAUCA